GUGACCCUCAUGGGCCUCCCCUGACGUCACGCCGGCAGUCAGCUGAUGUUCAGAGGACUGCGGUGGACUGAGUGGGACAGAACCGAGUGGGAGUCUCCUGUUCAGCUAAUAUUAUCAUAUUAUAUUUCUGGGUGGUGUGGGGUGGUGUAGCGUAGUGCAUCAUGGGGGAGCUGUUCCGUAGUGAGGAGAUGACUCUGGCCCAGCUUUUCCUGCAGUCUGAGUCGGCUUACUGCUGUGUCAGCGAGCUUGGGGAGAUCGGCAUGGUGCAGUUCAGAGAUCUGAAUCCCGAUGUGAACGUCUUUCAGAGGAAGUUUGUAAAUGAAGUGCGCCGCUGUGAGGAGAUGGACCGCAAACUGCGAUUCGUUGAGAAGGAGAUAAAGAAGGCCAACAUAAAUAUUGUCGACACAGGGGAGAACCCAGAGGUCCCUUUCCCUCGAGAUAUGAUUGACUUGGAGGCCACAUUUGAGAAACUGGAGAAUGAGCUGAAGGAGAUCAACACUAACCAGGAAGCCCUAAAGAAGAACUUUUUGGAACUGACUGAGCUCAAACACAUCCUGAGACGUACACAGCAGUUCUUUGAUGAGAUGGAAGACCCGUCUCUGAUGGAGGAGUCAUCCACUCUACUGGAUCCAAAUGAGGUUGGACGUGUGGCUCCUCUCAGGCUGGGGUUUGUGGCAGGUGUGAUUGGCAGAGAGAGGAUUCCCACCUUUGAGAGGAUGUUGUGGAGAGUUUGUCGCGGCAACGUGUUCUUACGCCAAGCAGACAUUGAGGAUCCACUGGAGGACCCAGCAACUGGUGACCAUGUGUACAAGUCAGUGUUCAUCAUUUUCUUCCAGGGAGACCAGCUGAAGAACCGGGUGAAAAAGAUCUGUGAAGGGUUUCGGGCUUCACUGUACCCCUGCCCUGAGACCCCCCAAGAGAGGAAGGAGAUGGCAGCAGGAGUAAACACUCGUAUUGACGAUCUCCAAAUGGUGCUGAAUCAGACAGAGGAUCACAGGCAGCGUGUGCUGCAGGCGGCUGCUAAAACGGUGCGUGUUUGGUUCAUCAAAGUGAGGAAGAUGAAGGCCAUCUACCACACGCUCAAUCUCUGCAACAUCGAUGUCACGCAGAAGUGUCUCAUUGCUGAGAUCUGGUGCCCUGUGUCUGAUUUGGACUCCAUUCAGUUUGCUUUGCGUAGAGGCACGGAAAAAAGUGGCUCCACUGUUCCCUCCAUUCUGAACAGGAUGCAGACCAAACAGACCCCACCCACCUACAACAAGACCAACAAGUUCACCUCUGGCUUCCAAAACAUUGUGGAUGCCUAUGGUAUUGGCAACUACCGAGAGAUGAACCCAGCUCCCUACACCAUCAUCACAUUCCCCUUCCUGUUUGCCGUCAUGUUUGGGGAUCUGGGCCAUGGCAUUCUCAUGACCUGCGCUGCCCUUUACCUGGUGCUGAGAGAGACCCGUCUUAUUGCCCAGAAAAAUGAAAACGAGAUGUUUAGCAUGGUGUUUUCAGGCCGCUAUAUUAUCCUGCUGAUGGGGAUCUUUUCCAUCUACACUGGGAUAAUCUAUAAUGACUGCUUCUCUAAGUCGCUCAAUGUCUUCGGCUCCGGCUGGAGUGUGCGUCCAAUGUUCACAGCGAGUGAAGCCAACUGGACUUUUGAGACCCUGGAAGGAAACAGGAUGCUACAGUUGGACCCCGCUGUCCAGGGAGUUUUUGGGGGGCCCUACCCCAUCGGCAUUGACCCUAUCUGGAACUUGGCUUCAAACAAGUUGACCUUCCUGAACUCCUUUAAGAUGAAGAUGUCUGUAAUCUUAGGAGUUAUUCACAUGCUGUUUGGAGUCACUCUGAGCCUCUUCAACCACAUCUAUUUUAAGAAGCCUCUGAACAUCUGGCUGGGCUUCAUCCCCGAGAUCGUCUUCAUGAGCAGCCUGUUUGGCUACCUGGUGAUACUCAUCUUCUACAAGUGGACCGCCUACAAUGCCAAAAUUUCCAAAGAUGCUCCCAGCCUCCUCAUAGCAUUUAUCAACAUGUUCCUCUUCAACUACAAUGACCCUACCAAUAAGCCACUAUACAGAGGACAGAUGGCAAUACAGUGCCUGCUGGUGGUCAUUGCUCUUGCCUGUGUGCCAUGCAUGCUCAUAGUAAAGACGCUGGUUCUACGUCAACAAUACCUCUGGAGGAAGCACCUCGGCACGCAAAACUUUGGGGGGAUUCGGGUGGGGAAUGGUCCGACGGAGGAUGAAGCUGAGAUCAUUCAGCAUGAUCAGCUUUCACAGCACUCCGAAGAAGAGCCAGAGCAGUCCGAAGAGGAAGCGUUUAAUUUUGCAGAUGUAGCUGUACAUCAGGCCAUCCACACAAUAGAGUACUGCUUAGGCUGUAUCUCAAACACUGCCUCCUACCUACGGUUGUGGGCCCUAAGUUUAGCUCAUGCACAGUUAUCGGAGGUCUUGUGGUCAAUGGUCAUGAAAAUCGGUUUCUCCCCUAACGUUGGUUUCUCCUUUGUCAUAUUCAUCGUGUUUGCCUUCUUUGCCACACUGACAGUGUGCAUCCUCCUGAUAAUGGAGGGCCUCUCUGCCUUUCUACAUGCCCUCAGACUGCACUGGGUUGAGUUUCAGAAUAAAUUCUACUCCGGUCAGGGCUUCAAAUUCAUGCCGUUUACCUUCAACAGCAUUCUGGAGGGAAAGUUUGAGGACUGAACUGCCAUCACUGAAGACCUCCCACCAGUACACCCCAAACCCGCUAAGACCCAAUCAGAAUAGUAGAAAUUUCUGUGAAAGGUUUGAAAGGUUUUUCAA